CCCGCGUGUCGUUUUGGUUUGGUCGGCCUGGCUCUGGCACGGAGCAGCUGGUACGCUGGUGCGCGUGACGUGGCGGCCAUGUGUAAGCCCGCCGAAACCGAAAGCAGGUGAUCUUCCGCCGCUGAGCCUCGGCACUAGGUCAGGGGGUGAGGCACGAAUGAGGUGGCCUGGAAGCUGCCAAGUUGGGAUGAGAUGUGAUUCGUUAAAACUGGGAUGACUGAGUCAGACAUGCAUCAGCCCCGUCACUCACUGAUUAAAAAUAUCUGACCAGUAAUGUUUAAGGUAGCUCGGUACAGUGACCAAAACCACCUUGUCAAACUGUAUGACCGAUCAACAAAAAAACAAACGAAGA